GUGGUACGGUCGAUAUAACAGUUCACCAGGUUCAGGACGGCGGGACACUGAGAGAAGUUUGUACAGCAAGCGGAGGAGAUUGGGGUGGAACAAAGGUGGACGAACAGUUCGAAAAUUUACUGAAAAAUGUAUUCGGUCAAGAUGUCUUUGAAACCUUCCGGCGUGAACAUGUUGAAGACUUUCUGGAGAUCCUUAGAAAUUUUGAGAUGAAGAAAAGGACCUUGUCGGAUAGACAGGACGAUAACAUUACUCUUUCGGUACCAGUCUCCUUGCUGGAUAUCUACGAAAAGCUGAAACCGUCAACAUCUGUCGAGUUUAUUGCUGCAAACUCUGGACAUAUCUUCCGGAAAAGGAACAAACUUCGCAUAUCACCUCAAUACGUGAGUUCACUCUUCAAAACGUCUACUGAUGGCGUUGUAAACCACCUGAAGAGGAUGAUGAAAAACCCACUUGUUGCCGAUAUAUCCUCCAUUAUCAUGGUCGGUGGAUAUUCCGAAUGCUCGUUACUGCAGAACAAGAUAAAAGAUACGUUUCCCAACUUACGCGUGAUAGUCCCACCAGAGGCUGGUCUGGCAGUGCUGAAGGGGGCUGUGAUAACCGGUCACACACCUUCCGCUAUCACUCACAGGGUCUGUCGAUAUACCUAUGGAUUUGAUGGAGCUGUUCCAUUUGUAGAGGGCGUCCAUGAUCCGAAAAGAAAACACGUCUUUGGCAAAGGAGUUGUACUAUGCAAUGGUUUAUUUCAGAGGCAGGUUAGUGUUGGUGAUGUCAUAAGUGAAGGAUACAAGGGUAAACGUCUGUGUUAUCAGGUCAAGGAAAAAACGAGUACAAAAAUCUAUAUCAGCGUUUAUGCAUCUCCACAAACCAAUCCAAUGUACGUUCAACAUGAUGGUUGCAAAAGGAUUGGAUCUCUUUACGUCGACAUGUCCGACACCACGAAGGGGCUGGAUAGGGGAGCUUAUGUUCAGAUGAUAUUUGGUGGUUCUGAAAUCAAAGUGGAGGCAACAGACAUACACACAGGUGGAAAACAUUCGGCUACUUUUGAUUUUAUAUAACCUAGUGACGAUAGCGUUACUUUUAAGUUUUAUUGAACAGCACCGUGCAUUGAUAAACAAAAUCUGCAAAUAUUCUUGAAACCAACAUUUUAUCAGAGUUAUAUGACAGGAAAUUGCAAAUGAAACAUUUUCACUUGAUGAUAACGCGAGAUUAUGACGAUUGAAACAACAGGGACCUUUACAUUGGACUUUUUAAUUCACACGAGACAGUGACCUAUCCUAACCGCCCUUUGUCCGUCGUCGUCCGUUGUGCGUUCGUAAACAAUUACAUUUCAACUUCUUCCCCAAAACCGCUCAACCAAAUUCAAUGAAAUUAGACAGGAAGCUUCCAUGGCCCAAGGCCAGCUACAACUGUGAAUUAUAUGGGGUCUGAGGGGCGGGGCCAAAAAGUGUUGAAUUAUCUCAAAAAAAUCUUAACUCCCAGAUAUGAUAGAAUCCUUCGAGUCACAUAUAUCCCCCUGGGGAGGGGGUAAAGUAUACUAUAAUUUAUAUAGGAAAAUCACAUUUUUUGAGCAUUAUUUGUUCCAAAAUGCCAUUGGAAAUUAUACUAAAUUGGUUGUAAUUAUUAGUAUGGUAGCACACCACAGUAAGACAGCCUGGC